GAGGCAAAUACUUCAAAAUUCACCCAUUGGACAUGAAAUAAUUUACUGGAAAAUAAGUGGAGAGACAGAGGAGGGAAUCAGCUGCCAGAGCUCAGAAAGUGUCUGAAGUCCGUCGGAAGAAAAAAGGAUUUAUCUCUGUCUUUCAGAACUCAGAGUGAUAUGGCUGGCAUUCUCCGCAAGCUCGCAGCAUGCAUCCCCUGCGUGUGGAUCUUUCUCAUGCUUUUCGACCCCAGCUUGCAAACCAGGAAUACACGAUUGAUGUGUUCUUCCGGCAAAGUUGGCGGGAUGAGAGGCUGAAGUUUGAUGGGCCUAUGCAGGUCCUUCCACUUAACAACUUGCUCGCCAGCAAGAUUUGGACUCCGGAUACUUUCUUCCACAAUGGGAAGAAAUCAGUAGCCCACAAUAUGACUACACCCAAUAAACUUCUGCGGCUGGUAGACAACGGAACUCUUCUCUACACAAUGAGAUUAACCAUCCAUGCUGAGUGCCCUAUGCAUCUGGAGGAUUUUCCUAUGGAUGCCCAUGCCUGCCCGCUGAAGUUCGGAAGCUAUGCCUACACCAACAAUGAGGUUGUCUAUAUCUGGACAGCGGAUGAUGAGAAAUCUGUUUCUGUGGCUCCUGAUGGUUCUAGACUCAACCAGUAUGACCUGUUGGGCCAUGUCAUUGGCAAAGAGACCAUCAGCUCCAGUACAGGUAAUUACAUUUCUCGUUUGUGCCAGGGGAAUUGA